GCCCGUUCUGUGUGCAUGUGGAAUUAAAAUCGUCGGGAUGCACACGGAUUGAAUUAAACAGUCUACAGAAAGACAUGGUACGCUGUCGAGAUGGAUGUUACGUCAUCUGAUAUUCAGAUGAUGAAUAUGACCAGCUGUGUUGUCCGUAUCCCUCGCCUGGAUCUUCCACUGGAUGUAGUAGUGAAGGUACCCCUGUGGGAUGAGGAAAUCUGGGAAGAGUCUGCUUCAUCCAGGAGGCAGGGGAACAGCUUGUGGCACAGUGUGUUACAUGAACCAUUCCAGGAGGCCGAAAAGAUGGAUGUUAUGUCAUCUGAUAUUCAGAUGAUAAAUAUGACCAGCUGUGUUGUCCGUAUCCCUCGCCUGGAUCUUCCACUGGAUGUGGUAGUGAAGGUACCCCUGUGGGAUGAGGAAAUCUGGGAAGAGUCUGCUUCAUCCAGGAAGCAGGGGAACAGCUUGUGGCACAGUGUGUUACAUGAACCAGUCCAGGAGGCCGAAAAGGAGAACCUUGGUGAAGCACUGGAUUGGAUGAGCCCAUAUGCCUCAUCUAGUGGAUCUCUUGUAAAUGUGGCUGACAGGAAGGAAGAGGUCACUCAGGAGGUGCUGACUGGGCCCGAAAAACAGCAGAAAUGUUGGAAUGUUUUAAACCAAGGAAACGGAAAGGAAAAAUCUGUAACAAAAGGCGACAGAGGAAGCAGGAGCUGCAUUGUAAGUGGCUGCAUGGCUCGAGUGGUCCACCUGCCACGCCACCUCAGACGCGUGCACCAGCGGAGCCCCCAGCAAGCCCUCAAUGCUACGGAAAAGACGUCCACAGCAACAUGUGGCAGACGAACCAGGAGCUGCAUUGUGGAUGGCUGUACAGCUGUUGUGGUUCACCUGCCACGACACCUCAGACAGGUGCACUAUUUGGGCCCAUCUGAGAUCCGAAGUGCUAUAUUUGGCAGUAAAAAGCCACGGUCCCUCACCAGCCACCACAGCAAGAAACAGUGUCCUAAGGAAGGAUGUGGCCGUGUAAGUCGGAAUAUUUACCAGCACAUGAGAAAAUUCCACAAGCUGGAAAAAGGGCGGAGAGGAUGGAGCACAAUGUUAAAGUGGAAUGUUUCAGGCAAUGAAAGUGGUGAACUGUACCCUACCACCUCCUCAACAUGGAGGAUCGUGGAGGAGGGAUUGCAACGAGAGGAGCCACCUAAACAAGAGAUGAAGCAGCCCAAUAACCAGAGGCAUCUAUGUGGCAAGAUUAGACAUAAGGCAACUGAGAAUGGAGAAAUAAGGCCUUGUGGCAGAGGUACUAAGAGCUGCAUUGUAAGUGGCUGCACAGCUGUUGUGAUUCACCUGCCUCGACACCUGAGACAGGUGCACCAGUGGAGCCCUAAAGAGGCCCGAGAUGCUGUCCACUCCCUCAGGAAGCCGUUGUCACCAACGAGCCGCCCAUUACAGAUGUGUCCAGUGGAGGGAUGUGGUCGCAUGGCACAGAGGAUUCCCCAACAUUUGAGAAAAUACCACAAACUGCGCAUUGGUUCUCUUGCGCAACAUAACAUCAAAAAAGCACAAGUUGAAUUAGAGGGCCAAGAUGGAUCAAUUCAUGGGCCAGAAGUAGUUGAAAGUAGUAUUGUAAGCUCAUCAAAGCUUUCAGAUAAUGGAAGCGGUGAACUGCCCCUUCAAUACCCAACCACCACUUCAACAUACGUAGAAGACGGACUACAAGGAGAGGAGCCACCUCAAGAUGAAACUGUACUACCCAAUGACCAGAGGAGUCCAUGCAGCAGUAUUACUGACAAGGCAACUGAGAAUGGAGAAAUAAGGCCUUGUGGCAGAGGUACUAAGAGCUGCAUUGUGAGCGGCUGCACAGCUGUUGUGAUUCACCUGCCUCGACACCUGAGACAGGUGCACCAGUGGAACCCUAAAGAGGCCCGAGAUACUGUCCACUCAUUCAGGAAGCCGUUGUCACCAACGAGCCGCCCAUUACAGAUGUGUCCAGUGGAGGGAUGUGGUCGCAUGGCACAGAGGAUUCCCCAACAUUUGAGACAAUACCACAAACUGCGCAUUGGUUCUCUUGCGCAACGUAACAUCAAAAAAGCACAAGUUGAAUUAGAGGGCCAAGACGGAUCAAUUCACGGGCCAGAAGUAGUCGAAAGUAGUAUAAUAAGCUCAUCAGAGCUUUCAGACGAUGGAGGCUAUGAACUGCCCCUUCCAUACCCAACCACCACAACAUACGUAGAAGAGGGACUACAAGGAGAGGAGCCACCUCAAGAUGAAACUGUACUACCCAAUGACCAGAGGAGUCCAUGCAGCAGUAUUACUGAAAAGGCAACUGAGAAUGGAGAAAUAAGGCCUUGUGGCAGAGGUACUAAGAGCUGCAUUGUAAGUGGCUGCACAGCUGUUGUGAUUCACCUGCCUCGACACCUGAGACAGGUGCACCAGUGGAGCCCUAAAGAGGCCCGAGAUGCUGUCCACUCCCUCAGGAAGCCGUGGUCACCAACGAGCCGCCCAUUACAGAUGUGUCCAGUGGAGGGAUGUGGUCGCAUGACACAGAGGAUUCCCCAACAUUUGAGAAAAUACCACAAACUGCAUAUUGGUUCUCUAGCACGACGUAACAUCAAAAAAGCACAAGUUGAAUUAGAGGGCCAAAAUGUAUCAAUUCAUGGGCCAGAAGUAGUCGAAAGUAGUAUUGUAAGCUCAUCAGAGCUUUCAGAUAAUGGAAGUGGUGAACUGCCCCUUCCAUACCCAACCACCACCUCAACAUACGAAGAGGAGAGAAGUGGUGAACUGCCCCUUCCAUACCCAACCACCACCUCAACAUACGAAGAGGAGAGAAGUGGUGAACUGCCCCUUCCAUACCCAACCACCACCUCAACAUACGAGGAGGAGGGAAGUGGUGAACUGCCCCUUCCAUACCCAACCACCACCUCAACAUACGAAGAGGAGAGAAGUGGUGAACUGCCCCUUCCAUACCCAACCACCACCUCAACGUACGAAGAGGAGAGAAGUGGUGAACUGCCCCUUCCAUACCCAACCACCACCUCAACGUACGAAGAGGAGGGAAGUGAUGAACUGCCCCUUCCAUACCAAACCACCACCUCAACAUACGAGGAGGGACUACAAGGAGAGAAGCCACCUCAAGAUGAAACUGUACUACCCAAUGACCAGAGGAGUCCAUGCAGCAGUAUUACUGAAAAGGCAACUGAGAAUGGAGAAAUAAAGCCUUGUGGCAGAGGUACUAAGAGCUGCAUUGUAAGUGGCUGCACAGCUGUUGUGAUUCACCUGCCUCGACACCUGAGACAGGUGCACCAGUGGAGCCCUAAAGAGGCCCGAGAUGCUGUCCACUCCCUCAGGAAGCCGUGGUCACCAACGAGCCGCCCAUUACAGAUGUGUCCAGUGGAGGGAUGUGGUCGCAUGACACAGAGGAUUCCCCAACAUUUGAGAACAUACCACAAACUGCAUAUACUGUAGGUUCACAGGAUAGAAGCAACAUGCAAGUUGCAGAUGACGAUGCUUGUUGACUUAUCCAAUAUUUGGACUGAAGCAAGUGGAGCUGCCAGACACAGUGAGAACAUGCAACCCCAUUUCGACUGUUAGCAAGUGGCCAAAGAAGUAAUGUCAGAGGACUUCUCUGUGAUCUCUCAACAAAAGACUUAACCAAAGAUCCUUUAGAACACUUUCUCAACCGUCUCUGACUUAACUAUUGGCUCAGUAAAGUCACACCUCUUCACUCUCCUAAUUCUCUCGUCCUGGGCUGGGGCUUUUAAAGAAAAUAACUGAGGGUGACCGCAGGGGAUGGAGCUAAAGCACAAGUGAUGUGCAGUACCUGCCUAGUGUGACACCACAGGUGCUAAGUUGCCUCAACUCUGCAGAGGGUUGAGAUA